AAAGCACACAAGAACAAAUAUUAAAUAAGCCCCUCUACGAUCCAAUCUUUUUCUACAGCCCCCCCCACCCAAUCUCUCUCUAAAUCCUCUCUCUCUCUCUCUCACAUACGUUGAAGAUGUCUGAAGCGGAGGCGAGCGUCGACGACGGGGAGACAUUUCGAAGGGUCAGGCAAAGGAUCGCCGACCGAUCAAAGAAAGUUGUUCAAACGAGGGAGAUUUUGUCGAAGCAAGCUGUUCAGACGAAGAAGAUACUAUCGAAGCAAGCUGUUAAGAUCGCUAAGCAAGCCGAGGAGCACGAGAGAUUCAUCAACAAGGUUACACAUUUGGUGGGUGUCCUUGGAUUUGGUGCAUUUUGCUAUCUCUUGGGAGCUCGACCCCAGGAUGUUCCAUAUGUGUAUUGUUUCUUCUACUUUACAUUUGUUCCUUUGCGAUGGAUAUACUAUCGGUACAAGAAAUGGCACUAUUACCUCUUGGAUUUCUGCUACUAUGCUAAUACAAUCUUCCUGGUUAUGCUCCUGUUCUACCCAAAGAAUCAAAAGCUUUUCAUGGUCUGCUUUUCAUUUGCUGAAGGUCCAUUGGCUUGGGCUUUGAUCGUUUGGCGUUGUAGCUUGGUUUUCAGUUCUGUUGAUAAGAUUGUCAGUGUCCUAAUACACCUCUUACCUGGUAUAGUUUUCUUCACUGUAAGAUGGUGGGACCCAGAAACAUUUGCUGCCAUGCACCCAGUGGGAAAAGCAGCAAGGAUAUCGUGGCCAUAUGUUGAGGACAAGUCAUAUCUAUGGACAUGGCUGUUUGUUGUUCCUUUGGUUGCAUACACCCUGUGGCAGCUUUUAUAUUUCCUUAUUGUCAAUGUUCUGCGUCGACAAAGGCUAUUGAGGGAUCCUGAAGUCAUGACUUCUUACAGAGAGCUAUCGAAGAAAGCGCAGAAGGCGAACAACAUCUGGUGGCGGUUAAGCGGGCUUCUAGGCGAUCAGAACCGACCGACCAUGUACAUUUUUUUCCAAGCAGUCUUCACGGUCGCAACCCUCGCUCUAACGGUCCCCAUAUUCCUCUCCUAUGAGUUGCACGUGAUAUUCCAGAUACUGAAGGUCUCGGCCUCCAUUUGGAACGGCGGAAGCUUUCUUCUUGAGGUGAUGCCCAGGCAAGUCGUGCAGAAGGAGAAGAGGAAAUUGGAGGAGAUAAAGCCUGUGCCCGCGAGCGACGGGGAUCAAAGCGAGUAUGUUUCUCUUGAAGAAGACAACUCUUCUAAUGACGAUCAUAUCGAAGGAAAUCACUCUUGAAUUUGAUGUAUAAAGUGGUACCGGCGAGUGUGUGGUUUACUUACAAGCUUUGCUAGUGUGAUGAUAGGAGGUUUUUUUUUUUUUUUUUACUUACUAGCUAUUAGUGUCGGAAACGAACCAAAUAAUUAACAAAUAGUUUGUUAAUUAUUUGAGUAACUAUAUAGUUAUAUUUGAUUCGAUAGUUCAUUUAACACUAUAAAGUAUUUUUUUAG